AGGUGCCGACGAAAAUUCAAUUCAUUGCGAACGAGCGAGCGUUUCAUUCUUGGCUUCAUCUCGCGUCUUUUCGCGUUAUUUUGCGUGGACACGCGUAUAUUUCUCUCGCGACAUAUCGAGUCUUCUUUUUGGAGAUGCGCAUGAAGAUGGCGAGUCUUACGGAACGAGAUGCGAUUCGGUGUAUAAAUUGUCUACCGCGUACGCGGGUACGUCCGGAGAACGAUGCUGCGUGUUUUGACGUUUCUGUAGAAUGUCGAUCGCGCGUAGAUAUGACAUGUCGAUGACAAUUACAUAAUUGCCGUAAUACUGGUUAAUCGGAUCGGGUAUUAUGAUAUGACAUUUGAUACGAUUUGCGCGGUAAAAAAAUAUGUCACGCGGUAACGCGGUUUAGCGUGCGUUCGAAGGGAGGAUGAGACCGGGGAUGUCUCCUUGUACGGCGUCUGUCAGCGAGAAAUGUUGUCUGUUCGCAGCUGUGGCACAAUCGUAGGGGAUUAUGUCGACGCAAAGUCCUUCAAACUGCAUCGCGAGUCAGGAGGAGGAAGAAGAGGAGAUGAUCUUGGACGAAUCUGAGAAUAAUCCUGUGGAUAUUUUGGAAUGUUUGUCGGUAAUGAUAAAUGAGGAUACUGUGAAUGAUGCAAGUCAAGUGCAAGAAUUUCUAUUGGAUGAUCAGUUGCUCGGCACAAUGACUACUAUUACAUUGCCUGAUGGAACUCAAGCUUUUAUUACAAAUAAUUUCAGUGAUAUUGAUCCUGAUUUCAAGGCGCAAAUAUUACAAAGGACGCUUGAAAAUGGGAAUACCAUAUUACUGCGAGAUUUGUCAGAAUUUGGCGAGGGCAAGGCUCUUCAAUUAGAAUUAGAUCCAGCUACAUUUGUACAAGCCGAAGAUAAUUCCAAUGAAAAUGUAGAAAGUACAUAUUCGCAAGUGGAAUUUAUCAAUGGCACAGCAUACAUGGUAGCUAGUCAUGUGAAUCUUGGUGAAAAUUUAUGGGAAAUUCAAGAUGGGAAAUUAAAAAAGAAAGAUCCCAAGAUUUUAGUCAACAAAUUAUCUGAUGCAAAAAUUAGAUAUCCUUGUCCUAGAGAGGGAUGUUCAAAGGUUUAUAGCACGCCCCAUCAUCUCAAGGUUCAUGAGCGUUCACAUACUGGUCAAAGACCAUAUAGAUGUACGCAUCUAAAGUGUAAGAAAAGCUUUUCAACGGGGUACAGUUUGAAAGCACAUUUGCGAACGCAUACAGGCGAGAAACCAUAUAAGUGCACAAAUGGAACAUGUAACAAGAGUUUCAAGACAUCAGGCGAUCUAUUAAAACAUGUGAGAACUCAUACAGGAGAACGUCCAUUUGUAUGUCCAUUUGAUGGUUGCGGUCGAUCAUUUACUACAAGCAAUAUUAGAAAGGUUCACGUAAGAACGCAUACUGGUGAACGACCGUAUAAAUGUACUCACCCGAUGUGCGAUAAGGCGUUUGCCAGUGCGACAAACUACAAGAAUCAUAUACGGAUACAUUCGGGUGAAAAGCCUUAUGUUUGUUCUAUAGAAAGCUGUGGUAGAAGAUUUACCGAGUACUCUAGUCUGUAUAAACAUCAUCUUGUACAUACACCACAACGACCAUUUGAAUGCACAUUGUGCUCUAGAAGAUACCGACAAAGUAGCACGCUGGUGAUGCAUAAAAGAACAGCUCAUGCUUUGGUUGAUAGUGAUGAUGGUGCUGACGUAUUUUUGCAAGAUUCUUUUGAACCUUCUAGUCAAAGUAAAAAUAAAAAGAAAACUGCAAAAGAAACUCCGCUUGGAAAAGAUAAACAGAUUCAGAUUUCUAAAAUGAUUGAUACAAAUGAUAAAGAACCACAAAUUUUGUUGGUAAGCGAUUCCUCACAAAUCGCCACAUUACAGAAAAUUGGUCUGGAUGAAAGUUUUGAUGAUCCUGGCAUUGAUACAACUUUUGAAGGACUGAAUAUAAAGAUUGAGGAUAUAGAACUUGGCUGGAACUAAUGCCAGAAGUGGAACAUAUGACAUAUGUGAUUAUUUUUUCGACAUAUAUUAUUAUAUGUGUGGGUAUCGUAAGCAUUAAAUGUUAACGAUUUUGUUAACAUUCAUGCAUAUAUCUUUUUUAAUACCAGAGCAAAAUCAAAUAAGCAAAUACAAGUUAAUAAAUAAUUUCAAACGGUAUUGGACCGCAUAAAUGACGUGAUAAUAGCUGCGAGUUUAAAUUUUAUUUUCUCAUAUUAGUUUCAUGAAUUUACCAAAUAGAAGUAUAAGAUAGUAUCAAGUAUUUCGUAAUGGUGAGAGUGUGAUAAUUAAUAUAUUAUAGUAUAAAUUGUUCAAAAGUCCUAAUCUAAGAAUCCGGCAUGAUUUCGAUGAAUUUAAUGUUCGAUGCAACAAAUAUGCUAAAAAGAACUUUAAGGAAAUGUGGUAUUUUUUAUUUACGCGUCGAAUUUAACGAUCUCAGCGAAAUUAUAUCGGUUCGUAUUUUAAACAUAUAAGUAUAAGCCAGGUAAGAAUAUUGAAGAAAAUAUAUAGAGGAAAUCAAUAUUUACACUGUUGAUUAUGUUUUUGAAGGCAGUGCCUUAUCUGAAAAUGCGAGCGUGGAAAAAAAAUAUAUAUUAUAUAUUAUUAUAUAUUACAUUUUUCCAUCUAUAGUUUUGUCAAGUAUGUACAUAAUAUUUUUACGAUAUAUUAUCCUAAAUCUUUUUUUCACACUCAUAUAAUGAGACUAGCUGAAUUAUAUUCGUAUUUUUUAUAGGUAUUUUUUAAAUAUACAGAGAAAUUCAACUUUAUUACAUUAUUAUUUUAUAAUACAAGACAUAGAAACUGAAGCAUAAAUAUGUGAUGACAUAACAAUAAAUGGAUAUAAUA